AUGUUCAAGAACAACUUCUACUCUUAUGUAGGUGGUACUAGAUCAGAUAUAGCCAUGAGCAUUGAAUCUUAUUUUGAAGUUAUGGAAGUCUUAUUGGAUUAAUAUAUGAGUAGAGAAGUAUAGAAUAUGAUAUUAUCAACAACAAGAUGCUUUUCAAUUUCAAGAAUUGCAGUUAAGUACUCAAUGAUAUUGUGGUCUCUGCACCAUUAGCCUNCUGGGGAGGAAGAUUUUAAUUUAAACAAAUUUCGAGAUUCUUUGUAUCUUAGAAUGUAAAGUCCAAGCUAAUCAAAAUAAAGUAAUGUAAUUAAAGAGGAUAAUUCAAUUAAGAAAUCAGCCAAAAAUUCAUUAAAUGCAGAUAUUCAACGUCGAAAAAGGUGGUUUAAAUAAAUAUUCAUAGUGUACCAUCAUUUGAUGAGUUAUUAAAAACAAUGAAUACUAGUAAUGGAUUUGGUUAUUAACAACAUGUGUCUAAUCAUAAAAGAAAUAUCACUGAUUCAUCUCGAAAGAUGAGUGGUAUUUAUAAUAAGAUAGAAUGUUUGGGAAAUAAUGAAGUUAAUUAAAUAACAAAAUUAUCAUAACCGUAAAUAUAUAUUUAACAUAUUUAGAUUUAUUUCCAAUGCACCUUUAUCAAUAUCAAAUAAUUAAUAACACAAAAGGACAACUUUCUCGAGUAGCAUCACAGAAAAACCAGUAUUUUCAAAAGGAAAUGGAAAAUCACUCAUAGAUAAAUUAUCUUUAAAAGAAUUGAUGGAAAUUCGUAGUAAAAUAGAUAAUAGUACAUAAUCUGAAGUGCAAGAAUUAUCUGCAAAUUAUGUUUAAGAAUUAUUAAAAUUAUCCUAAAUUAUAAUAAAGCAAGUUAGACAUAUAAAAAAUUGA